AUGCCCACAGCAGGAUCUCUUCUCCGUAACUUGCGGUCCUUCCAUUACGUGCCCCCGCACCCCGUGCAAUCGAUCUGGCCUCCCGGACGGCGGUCAGCGGUGCUCGUACUGUUGUUCGUGGGCGCUCGCGGCGAGCUGCGGGUUCUGUUGACGAGACGGUCGCGCAAUCUGCGCAGUUUCUCCGGCCAGGUGUCCCUCCCUGGGGGGAAAGCUGACGACGAUGUGGAAACUUUCGAACAAGUCGCGCGGCGGGAGGCGGAAGAGGAGAUUGGGCUACUACGGAACCCGGAAUUGCUCGCUAGUCAGUACCGUAUGACCUUAGAGAACGUGAACAUGGAGUUCCCCUGCUACAUGUCGCGGACGAUGCUGAGCGUGAAGCCGCUGGUAUGUUUCCUACGCAAUUGUCACACUCCCGGCGCAGAUGCUGAAGCCUCGGCGGACGCACCUCUGGAUGCCUCGCGGUUCUUUGGGAAACUGAACCCGGGGGAGACGUCUUCCAUGUUUUCUGUCCCCCUGGCCGAACUGGCGCACCAAUUGACUUCCCGCGAGGCGGAGUGCGACCGGUACGAGUCCAAGAUCGUCCCCUGGGGCGGGCUAUCCUGGAAGAUCAACCAUUUUUACUACCCUGUGGAUAACCCGCGGGAUGUGUCCUGGCUGCACACCAUGCGUGAUCUAAGUUCGGAUGACAGCUCGGAUGAGGGGGCACACACUACAAAGUGCAGAGACCUCUGGGGGCUCACUGCUAAGAUCCUCAUAGACGUGUCUACGGUUGCACUUGGAGAGCAACUUUCCCCCACAGGUGCAAGUAUACCUGCAGGAGAGGGCCGGGACCGGUCCCUGGGCCACGAGGAGCUCAUCUACGGGCUGCACGACCGCGCGGGCCAGUUCCAGCGCAGUGCGCGGUCGUCCUGGGAGACGCAGAUGAUCCGGGGCGACCCGACAGCACAGUUCAGCGACGUGUUCGACGCAGCGUUCCUCGCGCAAUUGCAGCAAGAACACGGCGACUCGCUCGUCUUCUGA